ACUCGGAUUGGGGGGGUUUGUCCUGCAGGCCGCGAAGGUGCUGAUGGUCGGGGCCGGCGGGAUCGGCUGCGAGCUCCUGAAGACGCUUGCCCUCUCCGGCUUCCGCGAUAUUCACAUAAUUGACAUGGACACAAUUGAAGUUAGCAACCUAAACAGGCAAUUUUUAUUUCGGCAACAUCAUGUUGGACAAUCUAAAGCUAAAGUUGCUCGUGAUGCUGUUCUAAGGUUUAGGCCCCACAUCAAUAUCACACCAUACCAUUCAAAUGUCAAAGAUCCUCAAUUCAAUGUUGAUUUUUUUAAGCAGUUUAAUGUGGUCCUGAAUGGUCUGGAUAACCUAGAUGCUAGACGACACGUUAAUCGACUUUGCCUUGCUGCUGAAGUUCCUUUAGUUGAAAGUGGAACAACAGGUUUUCUGGGGCAGGUCACAGUUCAUGUCAAAGGCAAAACAGAGUGCUAUGAAUGCCAGCCAAAACCCACUCCGAAGACCUAUCCUGUUUGUACGAUCACCAGCACCCCUUCAAAGUUUGUUCACUGUAUUGUUUGGGCCAAGGACUUGCUUUUUGCCAAGUUAUUUGGUGACAAAAAUCAGGACAAUGAUCUUAACGUGCAUUCUGGUGAUGGCAAUUCUCAGUCAGAGCAUGCACAAGAUGUAUUUGUACGCAACCCACAUGAAGACCUUGAGCAGUAUGGUCGGAGAAUUUAUGAUCAUGUUUUUGGAUAUAAUAUUGAAGUUGCAUUAACUAAUGAAGAAACAUGGAAGAACAGACAAAGACCUAGACCGGUAUAUAUUAAUGAUCUUUUACCUGACAAACUAGUUCACCGAAAUGGGUACUCAGAGGACUGCAAGACUGAGGAUUUGACCCCAUCUGCUAUGUCCUCUCUUAAUCUGAAGAACCCACAGGAUGUUUGGAGCCUUGCCGAGAAUUCACGAAUCUUUUUGGAGUCUCUUAGAUUAUUUUUUGAAAAAAGAGAGAAGGAUAUUGGGUGCUUAACCUUUGACAAAGAUGAUCAGUUGGCAGUGGAGUUUGUGACUGCUGCUGCAAAUAUCAGGGCAUCUUCUUUUGGGAUUCCUUUGCAUAGUCUUUUUGAAGCUAAAGGCAUCGCCGGCAACAUCGUUCAUGCCGUCGCAACAACAAAUGCUAUUAUUGCUGGUCUGAUUGUUAUAGAAGCAAUUAAAGUGCUGCAGAAUGAUUUUGAGAAUUAUAGGAUGACAUAUUGUCUUGAACAUCCAUCAAGAAAGAUGCUUCUAAUGCCGGUGCAGCCAUUUGAGGCUAAUAAAUCAUGUUAUGUCUGUUCUGAGACACCCCUGCUGUUGGAGGUUAACACUAAUACUGCAAAGCUUCGAGAUGUUGUCGAGAGAAUAGUAAAGGCCAAACUUGGUAUGAACCUUCCUAUGGUAAUGGUUGGCUCAACACUCGUCUUUGAGGAUGGUGAUGAUUUGGACAAGGAUUUAGCUGCCAAUUAUGCUUUGAACCUCGACAAGGUUUUAUCUGGACUGCCUGCUCCGGUCAGAAGUGGCACUGUGCUUUGUCUCGAGGAUCUUCAACAGGAAUUAGUAUGCAAUAUCAACAUCAAACACAGGGAGGAAUUUGACGAGGAGAAAGAACCUGAUGGGAUGGUCCUAUCUGGGUGGACCACUCCCUCCGAAAAGGGCAAAGAGGUUGCGGUGAGCAACGGAGAGACCAAAGCUGUGGCCUCUGUAUCUUCAUCAGAAGCUGACGGAGAUGAGGUGGAAACAACUCCAGCAGUGCCCAGUAAAAAGAGGAAAAUGCCCAAGCCUGAAAGGUCAGAAACAGCAACAGAGAAUGACGAUAAACCUCAGACUCGUCCUAGCCGUAACUUAUCUGAUAAAAAAAGUCUGCAAGAAAUCAAAGACAACGACGACGAUGAUGAUAUCAUUGUUCUUGAUGAUAACCCCGAAACAAGCAAGAGAAAGAGAAUACACUAAGCCCCAAAUUAAAACGACAUCUGAUCGGCUGGGAAUGCUUUUGACUUGUGAUCUAGAAACAUCACUAACACAUUGUUAUCGGUGCCGUGCUUUUUGUAAGAUGCCUGUGUAAACGAAAGUUGUUCCAGGAAUCCUGCUCCCUGUAGGUUGGAGAGGGUCGUGAUUUCGUACAUCAUUGGAGGAAGUGAUUUUUUUUUUUUAUUUUCUUUGGCCGCGCCCUGUUUUAGUUGGUUUUUGGUGAAUCGUGUAACUUAUCAUAGUGGAGAUACAUGGCGAAUAGGAGGCUCGUAAAUUAUCUAACCUCCUUAACCUGCUUAAUUAUUAUUCUGUAUCUGGUAAAGCUAUUCUGAUUCUCAGUUAAUUGCUGUAACUGAUCUGAACAUAAUCUUGUAGCUUCGCUAUUUCCUUUA